UAUUGUGAAUAAUGGGGGAGUACAGAGGAAUGUUUAUGAUGGUUACGACCCUGGUGCAAAUAUCCUGCGCUAUCCUGUGAUAACAUUUUUUGUUGCUUCCUCUGUGUUUAUGCUUUUUGCAGGAGCUGUGUGCACUGUAAGAUCAAGCAAAGGUGAAGAAGUCCUCUUAGGAUCCAACUUCACCUUCUCCUGCAUCUUUAACAAGCAAUGCACCAAACUCAUUUUUCGGAAUGGGACGCAAAUUAAAUAUAAAAAAAAAACCAAACGAAUUUUUCGGAAUGGGACGCAAAUUAAAUAUAAAAAAAAAAACAUUUCAAGUGACGUGUCUGUGGACAUUGAGAAUAUAACAGAGUUUAGCACUUUCAGCUGCAGGUGUGAGGAGAACCCGGAACCAUGUGGACUUGACAUAAAACCAGGAUACCCUCCAGACAUUCCACAAAAUCUCACCUGUGUUCAAAAAAUGAAUUCUCACAAUGUCAGUUGCAUUUGGACAACAGGAAGAGGUACCAUAAUCGACACCACAUGUCAGUUACGGGUUCAUGGUGACCUUGGCUAUGAGAGUAUUAUGAACUCUACAGGAUUUUGUCACUCCACCUUCCCCAUCAAAAGCUCAAUAAUGUCACAGCUCGUCGUGUUACUCAAUGUCUCUAAUACCCUGGGCUCAAAAACCUCAGUAAAACCCUCAAUGCCUGAAAUCGUUAACGUGAGCUGCUCCUCCCGAUGGUGCAACCUACACACAGACAAUCACAGCAUGAGCUUGGUUGAAAUCCAGUACAGUCCUGUAAAUGGGAUAUGGGACACCUUCCAGACUAAUGUUAAGAGCAGACUGAACAUAUCCUCAUUGCAUCCGGAUACCACGUACAAUUUCCAGAUCAGGAGGAAAAUAAACCAUACAGUGGGUCUGUGGAGUGACUGGAGUCAACCAGAGCAAAAAAAAACUAAAGAAGAAGCUCCUGAUAAGGCGCUUGAUGUCUGGUACCUCCAAGAACUGAAACCCCCACAAUCUAAAAGCAAGUGUUUGCGCAUAUUUUGGAAGGAACUGAAUAUAUCAGAUGCCAAGGGGAAAAUUCAGAGGUAUAAUAUAAGUGUCCAGGAGCAAAAGGGAAAGAGGAACUCUAUCACUGCAGUUCCACCCAGCAGAAAUCAGAGCAUAUGCUGCUCUAAUUGUUCUGUGUCAGUGUCUGCAGUUAACUCAGAGGGUCAAUCUCCUGUCAAAAUUAUUCAGCUGCGUUUUCCAGGUCUGGUUACAGGUUUACUGUCACACAGGCCAUUGAAUAAUCAUAGCAUUGCCCUCUUCUGGCCCAAGCUUGACAUUGCAGGCACUGAGUAUGUGGUGCAUUGGUAUCCAGUUGGAAACAUAGAGGGGAUUCAGUGGAUUAGAGUGGUGGAUACCACAGCUCACAUUACAGGUAUGCAACCUCAAGAAUGCUAUCAGUGUGCAGUUACCGCUCUGCGAUCAUCUGGUCCCAAAAUGGCAACCAUUAAAGGCAUCUCCUCAUGGCAAUCAGCUCCUGAACAGGGUCCAGUUCCUCAACUUGGCUGGAAGGAGAGCGAGAGCUUGAGCGUGACCUGGUCCGAAAUCCCUCAAAAGAAGAUUAGAGGCUGUUUGAAAAAAUACACUGUGUACUUGAUAGACAAGUUGAAGGGAGAUAUUCACAAUUUCAGUGUAGUCCAUCCAAAGAGACAGUAUGUCAUCAGUGGUCUGUCACCAAGACAGUGCUACAAUCUGUGGGUCACUGCCUGGACUGAUGCAGGGGAGGGACCCAGAGGAAGUGAUCUCCCAUUCUGCACACCAUCAGACUCUGAGAGAAUGCUGUCCCUCGUGAUCCUGGCUGGUGGAGGAGUACUUUUGGCCUGUCUAAUCCUCCUGUGCAUCUGUCAGUUCUCCUCUGUACACAAAAGAUUCUUAUGCUGUUGCCAGUGUCUGCUGCCUAUUAUUCCAGAUCCAGCAAACAGCAAAUGUGCAAAGACGUACGCUGAUGACCAGAGUGAAAUGAAAUUCUACCUAGACCAGUGUGACUCCAGUGUGAAUGAGGAGCCUGAUAAUGUGGAGGUGGAGGAAGUUCCCUAUCCCCGCAUCUGCACCUACAUCAAAAGUUUCUCUCAGGAGUCCAGCUCCUCUGAUGCCACCCAAAUCACCAGGAUCACAGACAUCACGGAGGACUACAUUUCCACUCAUGGGGCAAUAAGUGGAGGAGAAGAGGAAGAUGAAUAUGAAGAAGAAGAGAGGAGUUUGAAUGAAUUUGAAUUAUUCCCAAGCACUCACAGCCCUUUCCUGGAGCCCCUGGUUUUAACUGGAGGGAAGCUGACGCUGGAUGUAGUGAAAAUAGACUGCAGUGAAUUUCUGGAUUGCACAUGAUUCUCAAGAGGCAUUAAAAUUAGACCCAACUGUGACUGUACUAUGGAUGCUGAAAAAUAACCAUGGACAUCCCAAGAAUAAUUUGUCAGCCAGAAGGACAAACGUUUUCUUCUUGCUCUGAAUCUCAGCCAUACCUGGGCACAGGGCCGUUUCUAGGCAUAGGCGAGC